AUGGCGAAGGAUCAAGACAAGGAUAGUGAUAGGAGCAGACAGAGAAAGAGAAGAAGGAAGCAACGUAGGAGAGAUAGGUCAUCGAGGAGCAGGAGCAAGGGAUCGCGCUCCGAAUCUGAGCGUAGCGGUCGAUCUAGCAGAUCGAAGAAAAGCCGCAGCCCAUCAAAGUCUAGUCGUUCAGAACGAUCGACCCGUUCUAGAAGGAGCCGUAGUCCGUCGAAAUCGGAUCGUUCAGAAAGGUCUUCUCGUUCCAGCAAAAGCCGCCGCCCUCCUAAGUCGGAUCGUUCAGAACGAUCUUCCAGAUCUAAAAGAAGCCGAAAUUUGUCAAAGUCGGACCGUUCAAGGAAAUCAAGGCGGAAACACUCGUCGCGAAGAAGAACUUCAAAAAACGCAUCGAGGCGCCAGGCACAAAAUGAGCAUCGAUGCUCAAUUGAAUGUGAUAAAUGCCCAAAACAAGUGAGAAGACGAGCUCUUAUGGAUGCUGCCGCGAGGGAUAGAGAACUACGACAAGAUCGCAGUGUUCUCCACAUGAUGAAUGAGCACGCAAUGACAGAAACGAUGAUGCUGCAGUAUAUGCAAAGGCAGAAAGCCUACGGAGCAAUGCGAAGCCUGGCACUUCAUUUGGAAAUAGACGACCUCCCACCUGGAACAACAAUCAUAAGGGAGCAAGAAGUGCGCUCUGUGAAACUAACGAGAAUGGGCCGGGAUGGAAAGCAAACCUCAUCGCCAGAAGACGUAACCGUAACCAGAUCGUAUACAAUUAAUGCUCCCGGCAUGGGAAGUGCUACUGGACGACGAAGUUGGAAGAAACCCAGUGAUGCCGGAGAUUCCAAGGCAUGCUUACACCAUAGAGAAAAAAUAGAGAAGUCACCUUGUGGACUGGCGCAAAAGCCGGUAGACACAAACGUGAAGGCUGGAAAAGCCGAAAAUCUGUGUCCUAUAUUUCCAUGUGGAGGUGCACCAGCUACACCGCAGAAAACCACAGAAGUUCAACAACGUAAAGCUGCUGGAAAAGAUGCGGAAGCGAAGCAAGUAGAAACACUUCCCUGCAAGAUGUCCACUGUAAGAGAAUCUCAUUUCCUAGACUUUAGCUCCUUACAGUUAGGCCAGUGUAUGAACAGCAUCUAA